AUGUCACAGCAGAAACAACAGCCUCAGGAGCUCCCAAAUGCUCCCAAAUGUCCAUCUCCAAAAUGCCCUACCCCGUGUCUGACUACCUGCUCAACUUCUUGCAAGAUUUCUUGUUCAACAGGCUGUGCUUCCCACUCUGAAAGGCCAGGGCUUCCGAACACUGCAGGACGCAGAAUAGUUCACCACCCACAACCCCGCUGCCUCAGAGGUGGCACCACCUACCACUGCAAAGAGGAAGAGUGCUGA